UGGUUCUUUUUUUCAGAGCUGGGGACUGAACCCAGGGCCUUGCGCUUCCUAGGCAAGUGCUCUACCACUGAGCUAAAUCCCCAACCCCCUGAAUAUGAUUUUUAAAAGAAACUUCUGUAAUCUCUUCACUCCUCUAAGCUCUCGGUAACCUUUUUAUAAAUGUAUGAAACAUGAUGUGUGAUUCGAAAUUUAUGUUAGUAAUUAAGAUUGAACUGGAAUUAAAAGAAAAUCUUGCAAUUGCCACAGUCACAACUCUAGGUGAAAUUAGGGGUAGUCAGUGAUGAAACAGAUUUAUUCUCAAAGUUUACAACCUGUGUAAAGACGCAGAUGUGCCAGUCUAUGUUAAUGGCAUAACUGGAGACGGGAGGACUCUGUGGAGCCACAGCUUAGCUUGCUGCUGAACUCGAGGUUCACUGAAAGUCAUGUGUAUCAUCCUGGGACAGAUCUAAGCUUUAUGACAAUCCCUGUGACAGCACUGCAGGGAACUGGAGUACAUAUUCGACAUUCUCCUUCUUCUACUACUAUAAAAUUAGCAGUUUCUGUGGUCUGUGUUUCAGAGAGCUGAGCUCUCUUUCUUCUCUCCUGUUGCCACAGUCACCACCACAUUCAAUCCAUUCUCCAAAAUUUAUUUUACGCUUCACCAUCUCCAUCUCUAAUGCCUACAUUAGGCCACUAUGGCUCCUUGACAGGAUUACUGCAAUGAUUUUUGUCCUUGUCCAAGACAUUUAGUGUUGCAAGGUACAAUGCUUUAAGAGAAGUCUCUAAGGAGCUAAAAGACGGAUACUUUUUUUUUUUUUCCCGGAGCUGGGGACGGAACCCAGGGCCUUGCGCUUGGUAGGCAAGCGCUCCACCACUGAGCUAAAUCCCCAACCCUAAAAGACGGAUACUUAACGCAGUUUCUGUUUACUUACCAUGUUAGGCAAUCUCUUGAGGACACAAAGAUACAUGGGAUGUGUUUGCUAAAUAUCAAGUCUUUCUUCCAGCUGGCGUGGACUCUUUCAGUCUACAGAUUCUAUAAAAUACACUUUCCUCUUUUUCCUACAGACUUGAACAGUGCCUCCCAAGUGCUGGGAUUAGACCUACGAUCCCACAUGAAGAGCCUUAAACUCUCAUCUUUUUAAAUGAGGUUAUAGGAACUGGAGAGUCGACAAGCUCGCUGAUCUUGUAGAGGACCCACAUUCAGUUCCCAGCACCUAUAUGGCAGCUCACACUGUAACUACUCCAGCACCAGGCAUGCACCAUGCUGCACAUGCAUACAUACGUGGGCAAAACACUCAUACACCUAAAAAUUAAUCUUUAAAACAAUUUCAUAAAAAAAGCAUUUAUCUUGGAAGGUUGUUAAUCUGUAACGAUAAUUCUUUGUACACUGUCACCUUCCAUCAGAUAGUUUUGUGUGUGAACUGAGGAUUGCUAGACUAUUGGUUAGAUUGUUUGGUAUUUAUUUGUUUGUUUGUUUAUUUAUUUAUUUAUUUAUUUAUUAUUUUCUGAGACAGGGUCUCUUUGUGUAUUCUUGGUUGUCCAGGAAUUUGCUCUGUAGACCAGACUGGCUCAAACUCAGAGAUAGGCCUGCCUCUACCUCUCGAGUGCUGGGAUUAAACCUGUCUGCCAUCACCGCUUGGUUGUUUGUUUUUUAAAGACAGGGCUUCAGGUAAUAGAGGCUGGUCUUGAAUUCCUCCGGAAGGUUUUGUGGCUAACUUCCAAGGGCUGAGAUUACAGGCUCCUAAACACUCCUUGGAAACAGGUGAGGAAGUAGAGGAACCGGGAGGAAAGACUGUGGAUUCAUUGCUGAGGAGGUAAGAUUUGGUCGGGAAUGUUAGACUAGACGGUCUUAAAGCUCAAGUUAGAUUUAUAAACCUAGGAGACUACCUUGUACCUAUUUCCCCUCCCUGGUCCUCCUAGCCCGGCAGAGUCACUUCCGGGAGGAGGCGGGGGAAACAAGAGGAGGCGUGCCGGGAAGGAGGUAGUUUGUGGUGCACCAGGCGGAAGUGUGCCAAGUAUACAGGCGACCGCUUCCGGUCUGGAGAAGCUCUGCUUAGGUUCGCUGCGUGGUUUGUGUCAUGCGGAGGUAGGCCUUUGAGAGCAAGGCGGGAGGUGUGGAAGCAAGAACCCGCAUCCGGACUCUAGAGUCUGGGAUUCUGGCGGGAAGACAAGACAAAAAGGAGCCAGGAACCUGAAAACGACCUAUCCGCUGUUUCCGAGGGGGCAACUUCCACGAGGAACCCCACCCCCCCCACCCCUUCCCUGGUAACGGCCAGAAAAGAGGAGAUGGCGCCAGUCAGGGAGCGGCUGUGGCCGAGACAGUGAGGACGCUUGAAGGCAGAGCAAGCGGAAGCCUUGGGAGAAGUAUCGGACUCUUCGCUGUCAUCGCCGCCGCUUCCACCACCAUGGAAGGAGCCAAGCCAACCUUGCAGCUCGUGUACCAGGCGGUGCAGGCGCUUUACCACGACCCAGAUCCCAGCGGAAAGGAGCGCGCCUCGUUUUGGCUUGGGGAGCUGCAACGUUCGGUUCAUGCGUGGGAGAUUUCUGAUCAAUUGUUACAGAUCCGACAGGAUGUGGAAUCAUGCUAUUUCGCUGCCCAGACCAUGAAAAUGAAGAUUCAGACCUCAUUUUAUGAGCUUCCCACAGACUCCCAUGCUUCUUUAAGGGACUCAUUGCUAACUCAUAUUCAGAACUUGAAAGACUUGUCACCUGUCAUUGUAACACAGCUGGCUUUAGCAAUAGCAGACCUUGCCCUACAGAUGCCUUCUUGGAAGGGAUGCGUACAAACAUUGGUAGAAAAAUAUAGCAAUGAUGUAACUUCUUUGCCUUUUUUGCUGGAAAUCCUUACAGUGUUACCUGAAGAAGUACACAGUCGUUCCUUGCGGAUUGGAGCCAACAGGCGCACAGAAAUUAUAGAAGACUUAGCCUUCUACUCUAGUACAGUGGUUUCUUUAUUGAUGACAUGUGUAGAGAAAGCAGGAACUGACGAGAAGAUGCUUAUGAAGGUCUUCCGAUGUUUGGGAAGUUGGUUUAACUUGGGAGUUUUGGACAGUAACUUCAUGGCUAAUAAUAAGUUAUUAGCACUCCUUUUUGAGGUUUUGCAACAAGAUAAGACCUCAUCUAACCUACACGAAGCUGCUUCUGACUGUGUGUGCUCCGCUCUCUAUGCUAUUGAAAAUGUAGAGACUAACUUGCCAUUGGCCAUGCAGCUUUUUCAGGGCGUCCUGACACUGGAGACUGCCUAUCAUAUGGCUGUGGCACGGGAAGAUUUAGACAAAGUUCUGAAUUACUGCCGUAUCUUCACCGAACUAUGUGAAACUUUUCUGGAAAAAAUUGUCUGUACUCCAGGCCAAGGUCUGGGAGAUCUUCGAACUUUGGAAUUGCUUCUUAUCUGCGCAGGCCACCCUCAGUAUGAGGUAGUAGAAAUUUCCUUUAACUUUUGGUACCGGCUAGGAGAACAUUUAUACAAAACCAAUGAUGAAGUUAUUCACAGCAUCUUCAAAGCAUAUAUUCAGAGGCUGCUUCAUGCCUUGGCUCGACACUGCCAGUUGGAACCAGACCAUGAAGGAGUUCCUGAAGAGACUGAUGACUUUGGGGAGUUUCGAAUGAGAGUGUCAGACCUGGUGAAGGACUUGAUUUUCUUGAUUGGAUCUAUGGAGUGCUUUGCUCAGUUGUACUCUACUCUGAAGGAAGGCAAUCCACCCUGGGAGGUGACAGAAGCGGUCCUCUUUAUCAUGGCUGCUAUAGCAAAGAGUGUUGAUCCGGAGAACAAUCCUACACUCGUGGAGGUACUGGAGGGAGUUGUCCAUCUCCCAGAGACUGUGCACACAGCUGUGCGCUACACCAGCAUUGAGUUGGUUGGUGAAAUGAGUGAAGUGGUGGACCGAAAUCCUCAGUUUCUGGAUCCUGUAUUGGGCUAUUUGAUGAAAGGCCUGUGUGAAAAGCCUCUGGCUUCUGCUGCAGCCAAAGCCAUUCAUAACAUUUGUUCCGUUUGUCGGGAUCAUAUGGCUCAGCACUUUAAUGGACUCCUAGAAAUUGCCCACUCCCUUGAUUCUUUCAUGUUGUCUCCUGAAGCCGCUGUGGGUUUGCUAAAAGGAACAGCUCUUGUCCUAGCAAGACUACCUUUGGAUAAGAUCACUGAAUGUCUUAGUGAGUUAUGUUCUGUUCAGGUUAUGGCAUUGAAAAAGCUGUUGUCUCAGGAGCCCAGCAAUGGCAUUUCUUCAGAUCCCACUGUCUUCUUAGAUCGCCUGGCAGUAAUAUUUAGACACACCAAUCCUAUUGUAGAAAAUGGACAGACUCAUCCAUGCCAAAAAGUCAUCCAGGAAAUAUGGCCAGUUUUGUCUGAGACUCUGAAUAAGCAUCGAGCUGACAAUCGGAUUGUAGAGCGUUGUUGUAGAUGCCUGCGCUUUGCGGUUCGCUGUGUAGGCAAAGGAUCUGCAGCCCUGUUACAGCCACUAGUCACACAGAUGGUGAAUGUGUACCAUGUACAUCAGCAUUCCUGUUUCCUGUAUCUUGGCAGUAUACUUGUGGAUGAGUACGGCAUGGAGGAAGGCUGUCGGCAGGGAUUAUUAGACAUGCUCCAGGCGCUAUGCAUUCCCACCUUUCAGCUCCUAGAACAGCAGAAUGGCCUCCAGAAUCACCCCGACACUGUAGAUGACCUGUUCAGGUUAGCCACCCGCCCAAGAUCCCAACCCAAAGAGUGGUGCCACCCACAGUGUGUGGGUCUUCCCACUUCAGUUAACCUAAUCAAGAUAAUCCCCCACAGGAAUGCCCAGAAUCCUGUCUCCCAGGUGAUUAUAGAUCUCAUUGAGUUGAAAUUGAGAUUAACCAUUUCACUGCCCACCUCACACCUUUUUAUAAAUAAGAGUUCACAGCACAAUUCAGUGAAAAGUGUGGUUUAUCUCUUUGUUUUGUUGUCCUGGUAUGUACAACCCUGUACACACACACACACACACACACACACACACACACACACGCACACACACACGCACACACACACUCUCUCUCUCUCUCUCUCUCUCUCUCUUUCUCUCUCUCCUCCAGAGUGGCCCAUUUAUUAAAAUUCAUUCUCUAAC